AGCUGUUUUUUUGUUUUUGUUUUUUACACAUUUAAUACUUGCAGAGCAGAGCUUCCUCGCCAAUGGCAAGUCCGGUUGCAGACAUAGGACAGUCUCAUCAGCAUCACCCUGUGACCGAGUCGGCCGCAGACUCCGCUUUUCAAGAGGCGCAGAAAUGGAUCGAGGCUGUGACAGGAAGAUGCUUUGGUGACAAAGACUUCAGAGGAGGGUUGGAGAAUGGGAUACUGCUGUGCGAGUUGCUAAGCUCCAUUAAACCCGGCCUGGUGAAGAAAAUCAACAGACUUCCAACACCUAUAGCUGGCCUGGACAACUUGAGUGUGUUCCUGCGCGGCUGUGAGGAGUUGGGACUGAAGGGCUCUCAGCUGUUUGACCCUGGAGACCUGCAGGACACGUCAACACGCCCCACCACCAAGGGAAGUGACUGCAUCCGAAAGCUAAAGAAUGUUCUAAUCACCAUCUAUUGGUUGGGUCGAGCUGCCAACGGCUGUACCUCCUACAACGGGCCCACGCUGGACCUGAAAGAGUUUGAGGGCCUGCUGUCACAGAUGCGAAAGGAGGUGGAGGAGGCAGAGAGCCCUAAACGUAGCAUUCGGGACAGUGGCUACAUUGACUGCUGGGACUCUGAACGCAGCGACUCCCUCUCUCCGCCACGCCACGGCCGCGAGGACUCGUUCGACAGCCUGGACUCCUUCGGCUCACGCUCACGACAGACCCCGUCGCCAGACGUCCUGGUCGCCCGCGGCAGCAGCGAUGGCCGCGGCAGUGACUCAGAGUCCGACGGCGCCCCACACCGGAAGAUGCCAGAUGUCCGUAAAGACGACAUGUUGGCGCGGCGGACUUCAGUCAGCGAGCCCCGGACCGCCAUGCCUUUUAACCAGUACCUGCCCAACAGGAGCAACCAGAGUGGAUAUGUGCCAAACCCGCUCCGUAAGAAGAAGAGCGACAAAGACGAGGGAGGACGCAAGAGCUGGAGUACAGCCACUUCACCUAUAGGGGGAGACAGACCUUUCAGCACUCCAGCUCGCUCGUGCUCAGAGGAACUCUUCCACCAUCCGUCGACCCUAGCGGCAAACGCCACAGCAGCAUCUGUGGUCGCGACAAGCCCCGUCAACACACCUGGGAAACAUCCACCUGUCACAGAGCGAGAGAAGGCCGGGCCGAGGAAGGGUGACGUCGGCGUUCUGUUACUCGCAGAUGCAGAGCGAGAUGAUAAGCGGGCCCGUCGUGCGCUGACGCCACCCAAACACAUCAGCAUCCCGAGCCCAUCCCACUUCCUUCCUGUGCCCGCUGCCGUGGUAACCGCUACAGCUGCACCGACGGAUACAGGACGUCGGAAGGGAAGGGCGCUGAGUGAAAGUGACAACCUGCAAGGAGGGACUUCUUGGUUGGACAGCAAUCCUCCAGCAACAUUCAGCCACACAGAUAGUGUGUCAGGUGACCCACAGAGUGUGAGUAUGAUCGACAUGCGUAGCGAGGAGGAGGCCAUCUUGCAGCCCCACAGUCAGGUGCGUCAUGAACUGAUGCACAACCAAUACAACCAGAUGAAGGAAGAGGAGGAUCACUGGCAGGAUGACCUGGCCCGAUGGAAAAACAGACGGAGGAGUAUUUCCCAGGAUCUGAUCAAGAAGGAGGAGGAGAGGAAAAUGAUGGAGCAGUUGAUGACAGGAGAUGGCUGUAUCUCCCACAGGAGGAGGAGCAUCAAAACCUACAGAGAGAUAGUGGAGGACAAGGAGCGUCGAGAGGAGGAGCUGCGGUUGGCUUAUAGGAGGGCCAGAACCCCGGAGGAGGCGUCUGUCAUCCUCAAUCGUUACGCCCAGCGUUUCUCCAUCAGCGAGUCAGUGCUGGAACGCCUGCAGCUGCCAAAACUCCUGGACCGCAGCAUAUCCGCUGACCCUUCCUUCCCUACCUCACCCUUCCCACUCUCCCUCUCCCUGUCCUCCUCCCCGACAACCCCAGAUCCCUUUGAUAUGGACCCUAAUGGGCCCAUGAAGUAUCUGCGGCAACAAUCUGCCCCAGCUCCAAAGUUCACAUCUACACUGGAGGCGCGAAUCGAGGAGUUUCCCAAAGACACGUCUGUACACCCGCGGCACCAGAUUCGCUCACAUUCGUCUGAGCCACCAUCAACCCGAGCCCUGUCGCCCAAACCGGUGCCUUUGCUCACGCCCAAGCCUUACAUCCACCCCCGGCCUGCAGCGGUCGAACCAUUGUCCAGCAAGGCGGAUGGUUUGCUCCGAGUCAACGGUAACAUAGGAAGUGACGAUGUUCCCACCACACCUGAGAGUCAAGGAAGGGAAUCUCCUCCUCAUUUCCAUGCCUCCCCUUCCAAAACCAGCAACAGCACUGUAGACGUUCCCUCGUCAACAGCCUCGCCCGCACACAGUACACACGCCUCCCCUGGAAGAGGAGGAAGCCCAGUGUCAACAAAGUCCGCAGAGGCACCGGGUGGCACAGAGUCGCCAUCUGAAGGCGUCGAACAAGGGAAAGUCACAGAGCAUUCGACGCCACCGAGCCGGCCCACCUCACUCCCAACGGAAUUGCAGAAACCAGAGGAAAGCAUCGAGAAGAGUGGAGGUCAGACAGCAGGUGCUCCAGAGGAGGAAAAGUCAAAUGCUGCAGAUCAACAAACAGCACCUGCAGAAACUAAUCAAAAACAAGAAAAGAUUGAACAAAACAUCUCCAAACUUGACCAAUCAGAGGACAGCACACACGAAAGUCAGCCAGUAACUUCACAGAUCUGCAGUUCCCUGGAGUGGUCUCAGAGAAAGGAGAUUGUACAAAGCUUCACUGCUUCUGCAUCAUCUGGAUACGACCUGCCAAGUGAAACAACAGAAGACUUUGCAAACAGUGUCAGGUCUCCGUCUGCAACCAGCAACCCUAAGUUACGCUGGGACUUCUUCGCUCCAGCAGAGGAAGCAGAGAAGGAUCGCCGUGGCAACGAGAAGUACCAGCGCGAGCAGGAGAAGCUGAAGGAGGAGUGGGAGAAAGCUCAGAGGGAGGUGGCCGAAGAGGAGAAGAAGUACCAUGAGGAGGAGCGUAGGAUACUGGAGGAGACUGUGGCGCCUCUGACUCCCCGUUCAUCAGCCCUGCCCUCCCCCAGCCGAGGGGAGCUCUCCUCCACCUCGCAGCCUCAGGACGCCAUCGUCCGCUCACUCGCCGACUGGGAACGCAAGCAGGAAAUGUUGGAAAAUCAGUCGAGAGGAAGUACAGAGAGCGUGGAAUGGAAACGAAGAGAAAACGACAGGACCAGUGACAUCAGCACUGCUGACGACAGCAUGAAAACAGGCAGAAGCUCGGUGAGCCAGAGCAGCAGUCAGGUCGAGAUGUUCGGUCACAGUCUGCAGAACGGCCAAAAGCUUCCAUCGGUGCCGGCCAAAACCUCAACUCCCGUCAAGAAACAACAAGAGCUCAAAGCAGACAGCAACAAGCCCAGCCGGCCUUCAGGAGACCGCAGGAGCAGCCCCAUUGAUAAUAACAUGGGCCGCAACUCAUCAAAGCCCCCCGCAGCAUGUCCUCCACCUCCAGACACAGUGCCUCCAGCACCCAAUAGGUCCGUCAGUGGGAAGAAGCUGUGUUCCAGCUGUGGGCAGCCAUUAGGGAAGGGGGCGGCAAUGAUUAUAGAGACCCUCAGCCUCUACUUCCACAUUCAUUGCUUUAAGUGCGGAGUGUGUAAGGGACAGCUAGGCGACACGACCACGGGGACAGACGUCCGAAUUAGGAACGGCCUCCUCAACUGCCACCAGUGCUACAUCCGCUCCCGCUCGGCCGGACAGCCAACCACGUUGUGACGCUCGACAGAAAAAGCACAAGGUUCACGGAAGAAAUCUCAUCCCUGUUUAACCAGAUUAUCUGCAAAAUCAUGUCCUUCAAAGCGUGUCGGGGUUUUUUUUUUUGCAUCCUCCGCAGCUCAAUAACCAACGAAGAUUCAUCACGUGGGUCAAACAGAGAUCUGUGGACAGUCAAAAAAAAAAAAAAAAGAAAAAAUCUAUUCUUUGUGUGUAUGUCAUCUGAUAUGUGAGUGAAAUGAAUCAAACUCUUGGAUUCGAUUGGUCCUCAUAACACCACACAGACUCUGUUAUAUCAUGCAGCAAGAGAGAGAGAGAGAGAGACUGUUUUGGGGGGCGGCGGCCAUUUUAACA